AUGGCUCAUCUAUCGCCCUCUCAAGCCUGGGAUAGCUUGCCCACUCCUGAGAUAUAUGAACCAAACGGACGGGAACUCUCAAGACAAUUCGUUCCUUCUGACAACGACGAUGUUGAGGUCAGCGAGAAAAAACACUUAUCUCAAACCAUUGACAUCUAUGACCCGAACCGGCCGAAACUACCUAUUCGACAGAGACUUCAACACUUCACCUGGGCUUGGUAUACUUUCCCCAUGAGCACUGGUGGUCUCUCCUUGCUCAUAUUCGCACAACCCAAUCAGUUCACUGGUCUGAAGACUGUGGGCUUAGUCGUUUACAUCAUCAACAUCAUAAUAUUUUCACUCAUCACAAUGACUAUGACUGCUCGCUUCUUACUACACACCGGUGAGCUGGUUCGGUCACUUACCCACCCAAGGGAAGGUUUUUUCUUCCCAACCUUUUUUCUCUCCAUCGCCACAAUCAUUACAAGUACACAACGAUACGCCAUACCAGAUGAUCACGUCGUACUAGAAUGGGUCAUACAAGCUGCUUUUUGGGUGUAUGUCGCUUUGACAUCAGUGCUGGCCAUCGGCCAAUACAGUUACGUCUUUGCGGCUCAUCACCUCAGCUUGCAGAACUUUAUGCCGACCUUGAUCUUGCCAAUCUUUCCCAUCAUGCUCUCGGGAACGAUUGCAUCCGUCAUUGCGGCAACGCAGCCUGAAAUCGCAGCCAUGCCGAUUCUAGUUGCUGGACUUACGUGCCAAGGCCUUGGAAUGUCAGUGGCCGUAUUAAUGUACGCCCAUAUGAUUGGAAGGUUGAUCCAAUCUGGUCUUCCUAACCGAGAGCACCGACCUGGCCUUUUCAUGUGUGUUGGUCCACCAUCUUUCACUGCCUUGGCCUUAAUCGGCAUGGCGAAUGGUGUCCCAGACAGCGUUGAAGAGCUGGCCAUUGACAAGAGUGUCAUCAAGGUAGUGGCCGUUCUAGUAGCGAUCUCUCUCUGGGCCCUUAGCUUUUGGUGGUUUGGCAUUGCCGUCGUUGCUGUGGUUUCGUCACCCCCCAAAUACUUUCACCUUGGCUGGUGGGCUAUGGUGUUUCCCAACACAGGCUUUACGCUGGCGACAAUCUCUAUCGCCAAGGAGCUGAUAAGCGCAAGCUUUCAGUGGGUCACAACAGGAAUGAGUGUCUGCAUGCUCGUCAUAUUCAUCUUUGUCUUGUACAACCACGCCCGAGCAGUUGUUGUUCAAGAUAUCAUGUAUCCGGGGAGAGAUGAGAAUGUAGAGGACCAUUGAGAAACGUCUACUGGACAUGAAUCUAUGAGUCAAGGAUGACAACUGAAAUAGACAAGGGAAUAAUUUUUUUCGAUGUAUACUUCUUCUUUUGGUGAUGUUUGGAUAUAUUUAUACUUGUAAUUUUAGUAUCUGCCGGUGUUGAUGGUGUAUGUAUUGUAUGUAACAUGUGCGUCUGAAGCUGAAUGUAGAAUAGAAACAUGAUGAGAUCUUUUUUA